CGCGCCACCGAACUUUUGUUUUGGGGCGUCAACUCUGUCCGUUGACGUUACUCAUGUCCCGUGAUCUUUAUAUGUUUGAAAGUAAUAUACAUUGACAUAUUUCAUCUUUGAAAUUAGAAAAAGUCUGUAUUUUCAGAAACUCCUGCUGGCUUUGCACAGUUUCAUGGAAAACUAAACGCAUGUAAACCGCAAAUCGAAGAAUAUGUCACAAUGACGUCUAUGUGCACUGCUGAAAACUUGAUUUGUAUGGAGUGAACAACACUAUUUGUACAAUGACGAGUGCUGAGUUCUGAAUAUUGGAUAGUGAAAACAAGGAACAAGAUGGCAACUAUUGAGCAGAAGAAGUUGACAUUUGAUGUGGAGAUUCAUGAUGCCCAGUUCAAUCAUAUGGGCAAAUAUUUCCUCAAGUUGAGAAUUCAGAGUCUUCAUACACAUAACUUUAGCCAGAUCCGUAUCAAGAAGCCACCAUAUGAUGACUAUGCUUAUGAUAACGAAGGUUUAACAGAUGUGGUCCAGCAGACGGCAGAUGCAGAACUCUGUACAUUCCAUGACAGAUUCUUCUCAUUCAAACUUCCUAAAGGUUUCUGUAAGAAUGAUAAGAACCAUGAUGUGUAUCUGCUCAUUGAGGCGUUCAGUCUACCCGAGAAAGACAAUGACAUGGGAAAGAAGGUUGGGGAGGGAAAGUUUGCCAUCUACCCUCGAACUAAUGCUCCUCGGAUCAAUCUCAAUGUCAAAACUGGUCAGGAUAUGUACAAUUAUACAGAUAUUGUGUCACUCCUCCGAACCGUCAAAACAGACAAUAUACAGAUGCAUUGUGGAAGAUUACGAUGCACAUUUGCACUGAAGGAGUCGGUGACGACACCAAAAAGAGAAGAUAGACGACCGUCGCCGGAACCUACCCCCACACCCCGGCCUACCCCUCGCCCCCAACCUGUAGUCAGACCUUCUCCUCGACCAGUGAAAGUUGAAACACCGCCCCCACCCCCUCCACGUCGUGCCUCCCCUGUCAGUUCCUGGGGGGACAAUCUAUCUCUCAACAUCACACUACCCGCGUCUCCUCCUCCCCCACCUCUCUCUGAUGGAAGACAGAUGGCUGAAUCCCCCCUGCCUAACCGAGACCAGAGUACGUUUAGCAUGGGACCAGGGUGGCGCCACGUGUCUCAGACCGGCAAGGAGCAGAUUGAUGUAAUCCUCCAUGGGGCUUCCAGUGUCCCCCCAACAAACAAGGGCAACCGGCCGGUGCCUUAUGUCUCAAUUAAGACCAAAUCUGAAGAUGACCGUCAUGUCCGAGGCCAGGGCAGAACCCAUGCCACCAUCCGUCCCACCAGUGCCCCAACAUGGGAGGAACGUCUCUCUCUAGAGCUGGAUGAGAACAAGGCUCCAGAUGAAACCAUGGUGUUGACGGUGGGCGACAGUGUCAGCAAGCAGACCCUGGUCAACUACAAGAUCCCCGUGGGUCACCUGCAGCCCUUCCAUCAGUACCACAUGGAGAUGGUGGUGCCAUCUAAAGACAGCCCGAGUGGUGUGAGGAUGUAUGCGUCUGUGAUGAGGAAACUGAGUAAACUGCCCAAGGAGAUGUCGUCCCCCAACUACCACGGCCUGGAGGUGUAUCUGCGAUCAGUUCAGAGGUCACUGCAGAACCCCCCCGGUCCCCUGGUCGCGGUGGCCCGGAUUGUGCCUGACUACUAUAACUACAAAGCUGACAACUUGAUGUCCCACCCUCGGACGGCUGGCGUGACUAUGACGAGCGUGACCUUUCCGUCUCCUCAUCCGUCGUCCUUCAGCGUGGUCCCCAGGUCCAAGCAUGGAUACCCACAGGUGAGCCUCCCGGGGCACCCGGAGAAACAACCGACGUGGAACCAGCCCUACUUGUUCUCUGCCGAGAAGGACAAAGCCACCAUGUUUACACCAUCUGCUGCUCUUGUCAUAGAAUACUACGUUGCUGACACAACUAUGAAUGAUGACUACUGGAAGAUUCAGUCACCAAUCGGCUUUUCCUCUCUGCUGCUGGACCAGCAGAUGUACACACACCUCACUGCAGACCGGGCCAAGAACGGGCUUCGCAUAGAAGGACUCCCAAUACAGGGCACUGACAUGUUAACAGAAGAUGGAAGAGCGCCAACUGUCGGCCUUAUCCUGAAGCUGAUUACAACUGAUCAUCCUGACUCCAUGGGGUCAUACAGCAACAUCAACACUCUGCCGGAGAUUGACCUGCAUCCCACGGAGACCAUGACCUACUACCGACACUCCCCCGAUGAGCUGAAGCUGGACCUCCCAGAAUCCCCUGACAACAUGGAUGACGAGGAGGAGGAGGAGGAAAGGGGGCCUAAUGGCGAGUGGGUGCUGCGGCGGAGGCCUCUCAAGUCUAUACUGAAGGUGAAAAAGGAAGGUGGUAAAACAAUCAAAACACUUCCAAUCCGUGAUGGUGAGUUGCCCCCCUAUGAAGCCAUGGAAACCAUUCUGCCAGAGUAUGAAUAUAUCUUCAAGGAGGGUGAGACUACUGAGAAGACAUCCCGUACAUAUCGCAAAGAUCCGCAGUCUAAUCGGACCCAGCAUCACACUCAGCGCACAACAGUAACUGUGGGACCCAGCAGGCGCAAUGACUAUGACCCAUCUGUGAUGGUGAUAGAUGCACAGAUGCGGGAGACGGACAACUAUCGGUCCGCAGUGACACGCAUGGGGCACGACAUUGUGACUCUACGGAACACCGUGCGGUCUCUUGAGAAUGAGAACAGUCAGCUCCGUGGCAGGGGCUACAAUGACGCCACAGCCCUCAUCAUCGACUCCACGGAGACGGAAAGCCUCAGCAAAACUGACCUUGCAUCGCGAUAUGCAUCGCUGAGGGAGAAGUUUGUGUCGCAGAUGUCCACUGUGAAGAGCUACAAGGACAAGGUACAGAGGCUGCAGAACGAACUCAUCAAGAAAAAUGACCGAGAGAAGGAGUACUUGCGGAUGUCGCAGGCUCACUCGGGGCAGCAGGAGCUGCUGCAGAGGCUGCAGGAGAAGAUCCUCAAGCUGCAGAAACUGGAGGAGACCGUUCGCAAGCAGGAACGCGUCAUCGAGAAGCUGGAACGCAUCAUAUACAAGCUCAAGAACAAUAAAGGAGAGGGUGUAUCUGGUGACUUCAACAGUGCAAUGGCGGAGGAGAAUCGGAGGCUGAGACAACAAAUCAUUGAUCUGCAGGAGCAGCUGAAGAACUCGGGGCGUGGCGGGGAUGACCUGGAGAAGCUGGAGCUGUACCAGGCUCUGGAGCGGGCCGAGGCUCGCAUCAUGGCGCUCGAGAAGCAGCUGUCAGAAAAUUCUCGGAACUGGGGAAGGGAACGAGCUGACAUUUCUAUUCGACUGAAUGAGGCGGAGCAUGGCCUGGGGAGGAAUGCUACAAUGGCCUCUCAUGAAUACCCCACUCUCGAUGAACUGCGGUUGCAGCGUACACUCCGGUUGGAACCGCUCCUGAGGUGAAUCCAGGCCGUCCCAGUAGAGGGUACAGUGUAGAUGCACAUGGUGUCUCGGUGGCACACCCAGCUCAACGGAUUCCUUCAUCUCAUUUCAACAGUUUACUGAGUCUUUCCCUUGAUUUGUAGCUAUGAGUAAGAGCUGGAGACAAUUCAGCAGAGAUACCAUGUAGAUGAUUUACUGGUGAGGACAUCGGAGUUAUCUGGUGCAAGGACAUAGCAUCCCUGUGUACUCUCCCUAUGCAGUUGAGAAGACCUCGACCUCUGAGGAGGAGAGCGACCUGUUUCAUAUAGCACCAUACAAACAUAUUAUCAUUACAGUGCUAUUUUGUAUCCUCCAUCUCUAGACACUUGCUGUCAUCUGUGCCACAUAUGUACGGUCAAAUAGGACGUACUGAUACAGGGAUUUGUCUCGGCGGAUAGAGCUGUGUUGCAGUUAUAAUAUUGAAAAGUGCAUGUGUCAAUGACCCCAAGUCAAGAUACUGUUAUAACACUGAACAGUCCAUGUGUCAAUGACCCCACGUGAUUAUAUCAUUGAACAGUGCAUGUGUCAGUGACCCCAAGUAAAGAUACUGUUAUAACACUGAACAGUCCAUGUGUCAAUGACCUCACAUGAUUAUCACAUUGAACAGUGCAUGUGUCAGUGACCCCAAGUAAAGAUACUGUUAUAACACUGAACAGUCCAUGUGUCAAUGACCCCACGUGAUUAUCACAUUGAACAGUGCAUGUGUCAAUGACACAAGUGGAGAUGAUGUUUGGCUGGUACAGAAGUAUGAAGAAGCUGUCCUGGUUGAUCUGUCUUCACAUGACUCCUAUGUGUCCACUUGAUAACCUGUGUUCUGCAGGUACUUUGUGCUUCUCUCCCAGAGUGUAGCUCGGGUGGCUGAAGGCAGCUGAGUGUCACUGAUGGACACACAGGACGACAUUAUUACCCCCCGCAACCAAGCGGGGGAGGGGAUAUAGGAGCGGAGUUCGUCUGUCCGUCUACUAAUAUUACUGGUGUUACUGGUCAUGAUCUUAAAUGAGUUCGAAAAUUGGUGUCUUAAAUUCAUUUUUUCCAGAGAAGGGGUCUGUUGUGUGUAUCAAUUUCACAUUUAAUAAGUUUUUCUGAUGACAUAAAGUGACCCAUGUCCCUAUCUCUUCUCAAGGCUUUAUAGGACUCUCUUUUAAUAGUUUAUAUUCACUACCAUAUGAACAAACAAAACUCUAAUGUGCCCCAUGGCGGGGAAUAGUGAUAGCACUGUUUGCUUGUUUACAUGAGGGUCCAAUGAUUUCAUAUAUUCUGCCCCGGCGUCCAGAUAUUCCCAAUGUGUGUGGGUUGGUCCCUGGGUGUCCAUAUGUCAAGUACAUGUCCAUGUGUCAAUACAACCUACACCGACUAACUGUGUGAAGGUGUAGGCCUAACCCCAAACUGUUAUGAGUGUAGAUAUAAUCAGAAGUAUUUUUGUUGCUAUUGACAAACAGUUUGAAAUAUAAGCCACCUCUCAUAUCUAAUGCGUAAUAUGUGAAAAGAUAAUAGGACUUGAAAGACUUGAAGAAUCAGCUUGAGUCUGUUCAGACCGGCAAGUUGUACACGUCAGUGACUCAUUGGUGUUGGCGAUGUGGCGAUAAUGUGAAUAGUGUCCAAUCAAAAUACAAGAAAUCUGUGAUGUCUCUCCUAGUCACAUGACUAUAUGACCCGUGAAGGUCUGGGUUAGAAUAGGUCUUCAGCAACCCAUGCUUGCCGUAAACGAGGACUAUGCUUGUCGUAAGAGGCGACUAACGGGAUUGGAUGUUCAUGCUUGCUGACUUGGUUGAUACAAAUCGUUGAUUGUAUCCCAAUUGCGUGGAUCAAUGCUUAUGAUAGCAAUCACUGGAUUGUCUGGUCCAGACUCGAUUAUUUACAGACAGCCAUCAUAUAGAUGAGAUAUUGCUGAGUGCGAUGUUAAACAACAAACAAAGAACUGCAUCUAUAAGCCUAUAUACUGCUGUUAAACUCUUAAACUCUGAAAACCGAUCACUGGUGGCAUUAAACAACAAACAAAGAAACACAUGGCUAUAUAAUCUUAUGCUGCUCCAUGUGUGAGGAGUGAGAAUGCUGUGCUGUGAGAAACAUUGUGUGACACCGAGAGUAUCUAACAACUCAUAUGUGUCGUGUGUUGUGACAUGCCGUGUAGAUAGUAGCCAUUUGCCAGUCGUCAUAGCUAAAGGGCAGAUUAACAGCUGUUCUAAAAUACUUCUUGCAGUAUAACCACUGUUUCUCUGUUUCAAAUUUUGCUAGUUUCCCACUUGAAACAAUUGUGGCAGAUCAUGGCGUCGACUUAUUAAUAUAUUUAUUAUAUUUAGUGACAACAGAGAAGCCAACUGUCAAACCAGCAGCCCAGGUCGAGGUAGCGAUCACACGAAGUAGUCACUUGCCCAGUAAUAGUUCACGGGAAAAGUUAUUAUUCUGGAACAAACAUAGUGGUAGCAUACUUUAUUUCUUAAGACAUUUUGGAGAAUCAUUUUAAGAAUGUGUUUUGUUAAUGUUAGUAUUUCUAUGAUUGUAUGUCCCGCUUUUUACUGGUAAUACGGUAUCGCCAUGCAUGAUGAAGAGCACAUGCUAGUACACUUCAUGUAGAUGUUCCUGUACAUAUGUAGAGAUCAGGCUCACAGCUGAACCUGUUUCUGCCCUGGUUCUACUGCAUAGCUUUAUCAUCUGUAGUGUAUAGAUGUUUCUCUUACAUUCCUCUAUGACAAUAUGCAGUUAACUGAAUAAUGAACAAGAAUUGAUGGCAUAUAAGUGACCAAUCUGACUUAUUGAAAGCAUUGGUCAUUCUACAAAGUUUUGGAAAUUUAACAAAUUGAUUUGAAAGCAUGUUUACUUUGAUAAAUGUAUGACAUUGCAAAGGAUGUUUUAUUGUUGGAUGUAUCCGAUGGAAUUUGGGAUAUUGUGUUUGCAGGACGUUGUUUAGUGGUUGUUGUUACUAUGAGAGGAUAGUGUUAAUCAUAUAGACCUCACAGUUUCUACAUGGCUGACGAGUUAAGCCAGUUGACAAUGACUGUAAGGCUGGGUAAGGAAGUUUGUAUCUGUUAAUGAAUAUUGUUCAUGAUAUAAAUGUGUGUAGCUUAUUCCAAUUGUGUCAUAUCCUUUGCGAAUCUCCUUAGACCAGACAGCAAGAAGAGAUAUAUUUACAUAUCAAACAUCCAAUAAUUGUAAAGGGUGGCGCCUUGUUGGCUGAAAGGCUGUCCCGAUGUCGUCGAGCAUGUCAAACUGCAGAUAUUUUAAACAAUACAUUUUGUAUCAAACACUAUAUACAAUGUUCAAAUAAAUUAUUUUUAUGA